AUGCCCUCUGCAUCUACCGCACAGCCCAUCUCUCGGACACUGAAGUUCAAUCCUGCCAAUGACGCCAUUGUCACCGUCGCGGGAGGAUGUUUUUGGGGAAUUGAGAGGCUUUACAGAAAGCACUAUGGUGAUAAGAUUGUUGACCUCAAGGUUGGCUACUGUAACGGAAAAGUUUCAGAACCCACCUAUGAACAGGUUUGCAAGGGAGACACCCAGCACACCGAGGCCGUUCAGAUUUCGUUCGACCCAGCCGUCGUCUCAUACGAGGAACUCUACGAGUUUUUGUUUUUGAUCCACGAUCCCACAACGCUGAACCAACAAGGUCACAACACCGGAAUCCAAUACAGAUCUGCUAUCUUCGUCAACAGCGAAGAACAAGUCGCUAUAGCCAAGUCAGCCAUUGCCAAACAGCAGACCAAGUGGUUCCCUAACCACAAGAUCGUGACCUCGAUCGAGCCAAUUGAGAACUUUUGGGAUGCUGAGGAAUAUCACCAAUUAUACCUGGAGAAAAACCCCAACGGAAAGCAUUGCCCUACCCACUUCCUGAGAACAGAACCUUUGAAAUAA